CCCCCCCCCCCGGCCUAACCCCAUCCCGCCCGACGCCGCCGCCGCCGCCGCCGGCGACGUCCCGCUGCACGUCCGGUUCCUCUCCCUCCUCAAACCCUCUUCCAAGGCCAUCUACCACAGUCACCACCUCCUCCCCCCAAAACUCCGCCGUACCUUGUUCCUCAAUUCCCAAGUACGUUUGUGUUCUCUUGAGCAUCCAUACCCCUCAAUCGUCGGCCGUGCGUCGUCGCUGCUCUCCUCCCUGCGGAAAUAGGGUUUUGCAGUACUCCUUCCCUCCACACAAGUAGAGUGCGUCCGAUCGCCAGUUGAAACCGGCUUGGUGGGGAUUGCGCGAUGGAGGGACACUGCGAGGCUGCAGCAUCGGCGGCAAUGGAGGUGGAGGCUGAGGCCAGCCCGUUAGCGGGGGUCUCCUCCUCCCCCUCGCUGUCCAAUUCCACGUCCCCAAACCCUGACAGCAACAUCUCCUCGAGGCGGCUGGGCCUCAAAAACAGCAUCCAGACCAACUUCGGCGACGACUACGUCUUCCAGAUCGCUUCUUGCCAGGAGAUCUCGACGCUCGCAGUUUCCUUGUCAACAAAUGCACUUAAGUUCUAUUCUCCAGCAACUGGACAAUAUCUGGGGGAAUGUAAAGGACAUGAAGGAACAAUUCAUGAAAUCUCCUUCUCAACUCCAUCACCACCACAAGUAAUCUGUUCUUGUUCUUCUGAUGGAACUGUCAGAGCGUGGGAUACCAGAAACUUUAAGCAGAUAUCUUUGCUAAGAGGAGGUGCCUCACAAGAAAUGUUUAGCUUCUCGUUUGGUGGAUCAAGUGGUAACCUAAUCGCCGCUGGUUCUAAUGCCCAGGUACUAUUGUGGGAUUGGAGAAAUUCAAAACAAGUUGCAUGCUUAGAGGAAUCCCACAUGGAUGACGUGACACAAGCCAAAUUUGCACCAAAUCAUCAGAGUAAACUCAUUUCUGCAGCAGUUGAUGGAUUAGUAUGUGUCUUUGACACUGAUGGCGACAUUGACGAGGACAAUCAUCUGCUAUCUGUUAUGAAUGCGGAAACAUCUGUUGCCAAAGUGGGGUUUUUUGGAAAUAUGUAUCAGAAGCUUUGGUGUUUAACCCAUAUUGAGACAUUAAGUGUCUGGGACUGGAAUGACGGGACUAGAGAGCUGAACGUAGAAGAUGCUCGUUCCUUGGUCACCGAUAGGUGGAACCUUGACCAUGUUGACUAUUUUGUUGAUUGUCACUACUCUCUGCCCGAUGACCGGCUAUGGUUGAUUGGCGGCACAACGACUGGGACUUUAGGUUAUUUCCCUGUAAGAAACGAUCCUGCAGGAGCAAUAGGUUCAGCGGAAGCUAUCCUAGAAGGAGGCCAUACAGGAGUUGUUAGGACCGUGUUUCCAGCUGCAAGCACCCAUCGAAGCCUUGGGCAACAUAUGGGCAUCUUUGGAUGGACAGGAGGUGAAGAUGGUCGUUUAUGUUGCUGGCGCUCCAACGAAAUCUCAGAGAUAAACAAGUCGUGGAUCUCUAGUUACCUAGUGUCAAGGCUGCAAAAGAAAACUAAAAGCCGACAUCAACCCUACUAGCUGCUAAGAUGUCUUGCUUUGUUAACAAAUCCAUGCGUGAUUGAUUGUCAUUGACAAGGGUAAGCCCUGUAUGUGCUGUAAGCAUGUUUAUCUUAAUUCCUCUUAAAUUCUAGGUUGUGAUAUUGCUGUGUUGGCUUUAGCUACUGUUUGAGAAUGCCACCAUAGUUACAAGUGGUAGGUCUUUAUCUAGUUUUGUUUCUCCAA